UCCCCAAAAAAAUGAAGCAACGAAAAUUUGAAGUACGAUCAUUGCUGGUCUUCGUCCUUUUUGUUACUAGCUUGGCAUCCCAACUGGACUACAAGAUGAUUAUUUCCAAGCUGGAAUGCUUCCCGGAUACAAACUAUCUAACAUGCAGUAUGAGGCUCAUAAAUAACAGCCAUGUGGAUAUUGACGUUGGUAUCAAACGCACUUUAUACCAACCAGCGUUGCUGUUGUCUGUCACGCAAGUCACCAAGGUCCCUAAGGCGAAUACCAGGAAGAGUGUCAUUUUGAGACGAAAAUUUGAAUUCUGCAAUGAAGCCACCUUUGGCAUGACUGACUACAUUUCUCGGUUUAUCCUCUAUGCAGCGAAUGCAAUUUUGAAUGGUAGCAAGCUCACAUGCCCUCUACACCCACGAAACUUUUCAAUUCGUUGCUUUACAUUAACCUUGAAAAUGAUUCCUUUCCAUUUGUUUUAUAAACCCAACAGUUACUUGAUAGUGAACGGGACAUAUCUUGAAACAAACCAAAAAUCUAAACUCAAUCUAGGAUACUAUCUGAUUUAUCUCACAAUAGAAAAACGUGUUCGUAAAUCAAUGAGAUGGAGUAACAAGUCGGAGAUCAGAAGCUAG